AUGGAGGCCGCGGAGCCCAAGCCCCCAGCUGGGGCGGACGCGGCCCGGCGCCUGGCCCGCGGCUGCUGGUCGGCGUUCUGGGACUAUGAGACGCCCAAGGUGAUCGUGGUAAAGAACCGGCGCCUGGGCGUCGUGUACCGCGCGGUGCAGCUGCUCAUCCUGCUCUACUUCGUGUGGUACGUGUUCAUCGUGCAGAAGAGCUACCAGGACAGCGAGACGGGCCCCGAGAGCUCCGUCAUCACCAAGGUCAAGGGCAUCACCUUCUCCGAACACAAAGUGUGGGACGUGGAGGAGUACGUGAAGCCCCCCGAGGGAGGCAGCGUGUUCAGCAUCAUCACCAGGAUUGAGGUCACACCCUCCCAGACCCUCGGAACCUGCCCAGAGAGUAUGAGGGUCAGCAACGCCACCUGUGACUCGGACGUGGACUGCGUGGCUGGGCAGCUGGACAUGCUGGGAAACGGCCUGCGGACUGGGCGCUGCGUACCCUACUACCAAGGCUCAGCCAAGACCUGCGAGGUGUCCGGCUGGUGCCCGGUGGAAGACGGGGCCUCUGUCAGCCAGUUUCUCGGCAAGAUGGCCCCAAAUUUCACCAUCCUCAUCAAGAACAGCAUCCACUACCCUAAAUUCCAGUUCUCCAAGGGCAACAUAGAGCACAGGAAGGACGGCUACCUGAAGCGCUGCACGUUCGAUGAGGUCUCUGAUCUCUACUGUCCCAUCUUCAAGCUGGGCUUCAUUGUGGAACGGGCAGGGGAGAACUUCACGGAGCUGGCUCAUACGGGUGGCGUCAUUGGGGUCAUUAUCAACUGGGACUGUGACCUGGACCUGUCAGCGUCAAAGUGCAACCCCAAGUACUCCUUCCGGAGGCUUGACCCCAAGCACGUCCCAGCCUCUUCUGGCUACAACUUCAGGUUCGCCAAAUAUUACAAGGUAAACGGCAGCGCCACCCGCACACUCAUCAAGGCCUAUGGGAUCCGCAUUGACGUCAUCGUGCAUGGACAGGCAGGGAAGUUCAGCCUGAUUCCCACCAUCAUUAAUCUGGCCACAGCACUGACCUCCAUCGGGGUGGGCUCCUUCCUGUGUGACUGGAUCUUGCUGACGUUUAUGAACAAGAACAAGGUGUACAGCCAUAAGAAAUUCGACAAGGUGUGCACACCGAGACGCUUCCCUGGUAGCUGGCCUGUGACUCUGGCGCUUGUGUUGGGCCAGGCCCCUCCCCCACCCCAUCCCUGCUCUGCAGACCCCUGCCAGGCUGGCCAAGCUCUGGCUGCCCCGUCCCCAUGGCUUUGCCCCUCCUCCGCCCCAUCCGAGCAGAUGGCGGACCCUCCCCAGCAGACGGCGGGACCAGAGCUGUGCACCUCCGGACCUUCCCAGCAGAACUCCACACUCUCAGACCCCCGAGGUCUGGCCCAGCUCUGAGCCCACCACAUACCUUCCAUGAUGCUGUGUCGAAGGCUCUGCCUGGCGGGGCCCUGAAGCCUGUGGUCCCAAGAGACCCAGGCCCUGCGCCCCCGGCAGCCCACGGAGACCUGCACACUGUGCCUGGGGGCCCUGCUCUCACACCUCAACACUGUGACUGGGAACCACAAGACCCCUGUGCAAUGGGGCAGUGGGCCAACACCAUGUGCCUGGCCCCCCGACUUCCCCAGGGCCAGGGUGGAGUGGGUCAAACUGCCUCUUUGUCCCCAGCUGACCUCUCUCCCAGGCUUCUCAGCCCU